AUGUCACUCAUCACUGCCUUUCCGUUCCACGCGUAUGUCGGCGACCUCAAGACACGCCGCGUGAUGCCGGAGAAGGUCGCCGUCUCCCUCUCGCUGCUCACGCCGGACGACAUGGCACGCAUGGCUUUCGUUGAGGUGCGCACGCGGUGCGGGCAGGAGGAGAAGACCGCUCCAUGGCGGCCAGUGACGCGAAACGGCGAGGAACACGCCACCUUUUACGACCUGCGAAUGGGCAACUUUGACGUGCGCACAUUUCCACCACACUCCUGCCAGACGUGCGCCGCAAGCCUCACGGGGAAGUACGGCAACGAGCGCUGCCAGGGUCACUUUGGGUUUAUCGGCAUGCCGCGCCUGCACCCAGGCGACGCGCUGCAGCGCGAGGUCCGCCUGUUUGUGAUGAACCCGCACCUGGUGCAGGAGGUUGAGCAGCUGCUGCAGGCGAAGUGCUUCUUCUGCCACAGGUUUCGUGCCCCCCUCUUCGACGUGGAGCGCUACCGCCAGGCGCUGCGGCUGAUCGACCGCGGACUUAUUGGGGAGGCGCUGCACCUGCUGGACGUCGUCAGCAACGCGCGGGGCUACGACAUGCGUCACCGGCGGCUGCACACUGCGAACGAGGAGGUCGUCAACGACGUCACGCUGCUGGAAGAGCACACGGAACGCAUUCUGCAGCGCUGCGCCCCCGCGUCUGCCUCGGAGAAGGAGCCCGCGUCGCACGAGGCCACCGCCCGACGAGGGGCAAUUGAUGUACGCAACGGCAUUGUUCGGCAGGCGCUGCGGGAGCUGAAGGAGUACGUGGGCGUUUGCUCGCACUGCAACGGCAUCUCUCCACGCAUCACGAAGCAAAACGGGCACUUUUUCUUUUUCUUCACAAGGAACAGUGCGACGGUGAACGUGGCGAACGCGCUCCUUUCCCAGGCCCAGUUGCGGGAGUGGGAGGAGAACAACAAGCUGCACGGGAGAACGCGGACGUACUUCCGCAGCCAAGACAUCCGCGAGCAUCUGCGGCAACUUUGCCACUGCGAGGAGCUCCUCCUCGGCAUGCUGUUUCCGCACCUCGGGGAGCCCUCCGUGAGCACCGCGCACGCCACCCCGCUCCCGGCGCGGGAGAUGUACAAGGCCUUCUUCAUCGACCGCAUCCUCGUCCCGCCGCUGCCGCUGCGCCUCUCCUCCGGGGUGCAGGUGCAGGACAGCGGCGCCAUCUCCCCCGACGCGCAGACGCGCGCCCUCUCCGACAUCCUCGGCUUUGUGGAGCAGAUUGAGUGCUACCAGGUGCUGCGGGACAACUCCACCCCGGACCGCAGCCUUGUCAGCACCGCCCAGGAGGUUGCGAACGAGGUCAACCUCCGCAACCUGCAGGCGAAGGUGAACGAGGUGUACCAGGACAUCAUGGGCACCUUCGCCAAGAAGGAGGGUUUGUUUCGCAUGCACAUGAUGGGGAAACGCGUAAAUCAGGCCUGCCGCUCUGUCAUCUCCCCGGAUUUGCUGGUGGAACCUAACGAAGUCCUGCUGCCCCGCCCCUUUGCCCGAAGUCUCUCCUUCCCUGAACAGGUGACGUGCUACGCCCCUGCCCGUAUGAGCCUGCUUAAGCGGUGCGUCAUCAAUGGACCACGCCGCUACCCCGGCGCCACCCAUCUGGAACUGCGACACACGAAUGGAGAAAUUCGGUUUAUUGAGCUGGACGUGCCUGAGCAAACCCGGCGGCAGCACGCGGCCAAGUAUUUUGCCCUGGCGCAAAGCGGUGUCACGCUGAUUGUCUACCGGCACAUCUUGGACGGGGACCGGGUGGUGUUUAACCGUCAGCCGACGCUGCACAAGGCAAGCAUGAUGGGGUACCGCGUCAAGGUGCUCUCUGGGCACAAGACACUGCGCUUCCACUACGUGAACGGCAGCUCCUUUAACGCCGACUUUGACGGUGAUGAGAUGAACAUUCACGUCCCGCAGAGCCUCGAGGCCAAGGCGGAAUUGGAUGGCCUGAUGGACGCCAACCUCAACUACCUUGUCCCCACCUCAGGGAAGCCGAUUCGUGGGCUUAUCCAGGACCACGUUGCGGCUGGUGUCAUGCUAACGCUACGUGACAAGUUCCUCGAGCACGCGACCUUUGUUCAGCUGGCCUACUAUGGACUAGCGCCCUACCUGCGGCAGCAGCACGACGUCACUCUGUCGGAUCUCAUUCCCGUGCCCGCGAUUCUGCGACCGCGACCGCUGUGGACAGGGAAACAGUUGAUUUCCGUCGUCAUUCGCUACGUGAGCGGGGUGGGGCGCCGACCGACGUGGAUGCGCGUCAACGAUGGAGGGGCUUGCCUGCGGGGAACCUCGCUCAUUCAACCGAGCGUUUAUAAUCACACGCUCCCGGGGUGCGCGGUCGUGCAGACGGUGACGCGGCAAACGAUGGACGAUGACGCAUUGCUCUUUAUGAAUAGCGAGCUGUUGAUGGGCCUCAUGUGUAAGAAGCAACUUGGUGCCUCCAGCAUGUCCAUUGCUCACGUUGUGCAUGAGUUGUACGGACCACACAAGGUGGGGCAGCUGUUUGGGGCUUUGGGACGCAUUCUCUCGCAAAGCCUCCAGCGCGAAGGGUUUUCAAUUGGCAUGGAUGACAUGUUCCUGGUUCACGAGGAGCGUCGCUACCAGCUGCUGCGGCAGCUGGACGAGGCCCCGCUGCACCUUCCCGACGAUGAGGCGGCGGCCAUGACGAAGAUCAUGGAGUGCGCCACGAAGCUGCAGCAGGAGUUUAUCCCGGGCCGCAUGAUGGUGCCCUUUCCCCGCAACCACCUGCUUAUGAUGACCACCUCCGGCGCCAAGGGAAGCAACGCCAACGCAACCCAGAUGGCGCUUGGCCUCGGCCAGCAACUCUUCGACGGACGACGUGUGAGGCGGAUGAAUUCGGCCAAGACGUUGCCUGCCUUUUUCGCCCACGAACGCCGGGCCCGCUCGUUCGGCUACGCAAUUGGGCGCUUUGCCUCCGGCAUUCGACCACCCGAGUACACGAUCCACGCCAUGGCCGGCCGCGACGGCCUCAUCGACACGGCGGUCAAGACUUCCCGCUCGGGACAUCUGCAGCGCUGCCUCAUCAAAGGCCUCGAGAGCCUUGUGGUGCACUGGGACCACUCCGUGCGUGACUCCAACGGCAGCAUUGUGCAGUUUACGUACGGCGGGGAUGGCCUUGACCCGUGCAAGGCCUCCACCCUCACCUCAUGGGAGAUGGCGAAGGAGAACCUCACGGACUUCGGCAAGCGGUUUGGCGUCGACACGGGCGAAGCGGGGCCGGGCGACGAGGCGGGGACGGCGACAAGAGUGCAGCGCGGCAAACGCCCACGCACGAGUCCCAACCUCCCCAGCAGGCGGAGUAACAAAAACACUAAUAACAUUAAUAAUAGUAACAACAGCAACCUUGACGACGACGACGACGACGACGACGACGACAACGACGGGGAUGAGCACACCCGGCACAGUAAUCGUAAUAGCAACCACAACCACGAGCAGGCGCGGCAGUUGCACAGGGAGCAGCAGUUACGUGAGAAUCCACUCCCGCGCCAUAUGCAUGACAGCCUUGAGGACUACCUGCGCACCAAGGCGACAUUUCCGCUAUUCCAACGCGUCUCGCAGUUGGCGCGAUGGAGGGCGCAGGGACGGGUGCAGGAGAAGCUCGCGGAAAAGCGUGGCGAGAAUAUUGCGUACUACCGCGACGUUCUCUCAGAGCUUGCCACUAGCAGACGCGUCCGGGCCUUCUGCGACCCUGGCGAGCCUGUCGGUCUUCUUGCGGCACAGGCCGCCGGUGAACCCUCCACGCAAAUGACCCUCAACACAUUCCACAGCGCUGGCUCAACGGUGACGCACGUGACGGAGGGUAUUCCGCGUCUCCGUGAGCUGCUUAUUCACGCUGCCGUUCAGAAAGCUGCCGUGAUUGUGCCCGUAGAGAAGGCGACGCCGGCUGACGAGGCUGCCAUUGCACGCAUACUGCGUGCCGGUCUGGCGAUACGGCUGCGGGACUGUCUUGCGCGGGGCGGGGCGGGCGGCAAGGGGUAUCACUACCACGUGGCACGAGGCAAAGAGGCGUCCGUGGUGACGCUUGCCAUGCUCUUUUCACACUCGCGCCUGGACGACAGCCGGGCGCGCAUGUGCAUGUCGCCGAGUGAACACCUGCAGUCCUUCACGGAGGCGCUGCGGCAGUUCGCGAAGCGCAUUAUCAAGUCGCUGAGCGGCCGCACGCGGGAGGAAAAGGACGGCGGUGAUGCCGCAGCGAUGGUUUCCAACCAGCAUGACCCCAUGGACGCUGCCGCUGCCGCUGCCGCCGCUGACAGCGAGGAUAACGACGGCAGCGAAGGCGGCUGCGGCCUAGACAAGGACGAGGCCCUCAGUGAGUAUGCUAGCGACGCCACGAACAGCGCUGCCGUUGGUGGGGUGUCACCGGCGCACCGCAGCCAACGCAGCGGCACCGAUGCGCCAGACGCAUUCGAGAAUGGCAACGACGACGAGGACAACGAGGAGGAGGGCGACGACGACGACGACGAGGCCGCCGGAAACGCAGAGGAGGGGACGACGGGAAGGGGCGACGCGGCAGGGCGGUCGCUGCGCGGUCAGCACGGCCGCAAACGCCGUGCACCCGAGGCGGAUGAGGACGUCGAGGACGAGGAGGAGGAGGACGGCGGCGGUAUGCGGAGUAGCGCCGCCGCACAGGGGGCAGUCAGCUACGACAGCUUCGCCCCGCUGCAUGCCGCGCUCGGCGGCAAAGAGUUUGUGCUUGACGUGGCGCCGCUGAGCCGGCUUGCCGCGGAGCGCGACGGGGUUGCGGCCCUUCCCGAUGACCUUUUCGUGGUGAACGUCGUCGUGCGCAUGCCGCCGCACAUCAUCGCCGUCAUUCCCGACGUCGUGGACGGCGCGCUGGAGCAGCAGACGCUGCCCUCGUGGCUGCCGCAGUUCGCCGCUGUCACCUUCACCCGCAAAGCCGAUGACGCGACGAGCGGUGAGCUGCUCUUUCAGGGCGCCAACGCGACGAUGCGCCACGUCUUGUCGUUCGUCUCGCUUUUUAAUUUGGGCGCGCGGGCGAUCAAGCUGCGGCAGGCCCGCUCCACGGACAUUCGCGACAUGGCGAACUGGCUUGGCGUCGAGUCGGCCUACCGCGCCCUCUACGACGAGCUCUCGAAGCUGUUCAAGCGGUACUCCGUCGACCACCGCCACCUGACGCUCAUCGCCGACGCCGCCACGCACCGCGGCAUGUGGGAGAACUUCAACUUCACCGGCGUCAUCUCGCAGAGUGCGAGCCCGCUCUUCCAGAUGACGUUUGCGUCGUCGCGGCGGUGGCUGCACACCGCCGUGAGCCGGGGGCUGAGCGACGAGCUGCAGUCGAUCAGCUCCGCCAUUAUGGUGGGCGAGCGGCCGAGGGUGGGGACGGCGUGCGUGCGGGUGACCCCCGACGCCGCGGUACUGCGGGAUGUGCUGGAGCACAGCUUCGAGUAG